AUGCCUCAACCCUGUCAUACAUCAUGUGAGCAAUCAGAGCAAAGUCAUGAUCAAUCCAUAACAAGCCUUGAAGUAACUCCUCUGGCCAGGGUACCUGACAAGAUCAUCUGGCUCCAAGGUCCCACCUACAUUUCCUGCUUGGUACUUUAUGCCAGUACAUUUGUACCAAUGGCAAUUCACUUAUAUGCAAUUGUCAUAAUUCAAAUUGAAGCAUUUGCAUCAGUAAAAGCUUAUAAAAUUCGUAAUAGUCACAAGACUGUAUUAACAAAACAACUCGAUGAUCUUAAACAAGAACUUGUUAGUCUUAAAGUACAAAAGAUAGCUGGAGGUGCUGCAUCAAAAUUAACAAAGAUUCGAGAAGUUCGCAAAUCCAUUGCAAGAGUAAAUACAGUUAUUUCACAAACACAACGCGCACAAAUUCGACUUUUUUAUAAGGGUAAAAAAUAUAAACCCCUUGAUUUUAGACCAAAGAAAACCCGUGCAAUUCGUAGAAAGUUGACUAAAAGUGAAGCUUCAAAGAAAACUAGACGUGCUCAUAUCAAAGCAAUUCAUUUUCCACAACAUAAAUAUGCCAUAAAAGCAUAA